AUGCAGGAAAAAUAAAAUGAAUUAUUUGAAAUCCUAUAAAAAUAAGCUGAAGAGAGGAAGUUAUUCAAAAAACAAGAAAUGAUUUCACUAAAGAAAUAAAAAAUAGCAGAAAUUAAAUAAGACAAAAAAAAAAUUACUGAUGGUCUAGCUAAACAUCCUUAUUCAUUUUAACCAGGCAAAGGAGUUGGAUAAUAUUUUUAGAAAAGUGACUUCCUCUUACCUAAAUCACAAAAAUAAGGUUUGGAAAGAAUUCAAAGUGCAUGGCUGCCUACAUACAGUCAUUCUCGUUUAAUUAGUGCUACACCCUUUGAUACAGAGCCAUUUCCUCGUCCUCCAUCAGUCAAAGAGAAGGUUUGGAGGCCAUUUUCAUCUUAACCGAAUAAGCUGAACUUGAUAUAAUUAGUACCUCAUAGUCCAAAAGACAAUGCAUUAACACCCAAAAAGAACUCGUUGGCUUUUGAUUCAGGUGAGAAGCUAAUUCCUAUGAAACCCAUCCUUCCAACCAGAAGAAUAUUCAGUGCAUUUCCAAAAUGA